CUUGAUAUCAGCUGAUGGAGGACAUCCAUACAAUUCAGCAAGAGGAAGUUUUUCUGACUCACUGCACAGAAGCAGAGUAAGGCCUAAAGGUUUGGCUCUUAUUCAAGAUUCAUUUCCUCUAAGAGCCCGACUAUUUCAUUUUCCAGUUUCAUUUUCUUUUUCCUAAAGUCAGUUGCCAAAAAGGAAGACUAAUGAACCAGGCAGUGCUUCCAUAUAUAAGUCUCUCUCAGUUAUUUGAGGCAGAGGAGGAAGAUUUCUGAAGAGCACAAUAACCGAGAUCUGAGACGUGCUUGGCAACCAUGAGUGAGGCCACAAAGAACUCCUUGGAGACCAGCCUACGGCAACUAAAAUGCCAUUUCACCUGGAACUUGUUAGAGGGAGAAAAGUCCUUGGAUGAUUUUGAAGACAGAGUGUGUAACCAGACUGAGUUUCAGAACAGUGGAUUCAAAGCUACGAUGUACAACUUGCAGGCCUACAUAAAACACCACAGAGGCCAAAGUGAGGCAGCACUGGAAAGUUUACAGCAAGCUGAAGAGUUAAUCCAGAGAGAGCACGCUGACCAAGCAGAAAUCCGAAGUCUGGUCACCUGGGGAAACUACGCCUGGGUCUACUAUCACAUGGGCAGACUCUCAGAAGCUCAGGUUUAUGUAGACAAGGUGAAACAUGUAUGCAAAAAGUUUUCCAGCCCCUACAGAAUUGAGAGUCCUGAGAUGGAUUGUGAGGAAGGGUGGUCACGGUUGAAGAGUGGAGAAAAGCGCACUGAGAGGGCAAAGGUGUGUUUUGAGAAGUGUCUAGAAAAGAACCCGAAAAACCCAGAAUUUGCUACUGGACUGGCAAUCUCGAGCUACUAUCUGGAUACAUGGCCACCAUCUCAGCAUCCCAUUCGUGCUCUGAGGCAAGCCAUUCGCCUGAAUCCUGACAACCAGUAUGUUAAAGUCCUCCUGGCUCUGCAACUUCAAAAGAUGAGGGAGGAGGGUGAAGGAGAGAGGUUAGUUGAAGAAGCUCUGGAGAAAGCCCCGUGUGCAACAGAUGUGCUUCGUGGUGCGGCGAUGCUGUAUCAAAAAAAAAAUGACCCAGACAAAGCUAUAAAACUGCUUAAAAAGGCUCUAGAAUGCAUGCCAAACAACGCCUACCUGCAUUGCUAUAUUGGGGGAUGCUAUAGGGCAAAAGUCUUCCAGUGUCAGAAAAUGGGAGAACAUGAAAUGUAUGAGAAAAGAGAAGAGUUACAGAAACUAAUAGAACAAGCUGUGUAUUAUUUAAAGAGAGCUGAGGAGCUCAAUAGAAAUCUUGCCCAUGUCUGCUCCCAUCUUGCCUGCCUCUACAGACAGGCAGGUCAGUAUGAAGAAGCAGAGUAUUACUUCCAAAAAGAAUUCAGCAAAGAGCUCACGUCUGUGGACAGACAAGUGCUCUAUCUGCGAUACGGCAACUUUCAGCUGUAUCAAAUGAAGUGUGAAGGCAAGGCCAUCCACCAUUUUAUAGAGGGUGUGAAAAUAAACAAGGAGUCAAAGGUGAAAGAAAAGAUCAAGAACAAACUGCAAAGAAUUGCCCAAACCAGGCUUUCUAAAAAUAGAGCAAAUCCUGAGGCUUUGCAUAUCUUGGCGUUUCUUCAGGAGCUGAAUGAAAAAAGGCAACCAGCAGAUGAAAAUUCUGAGAAGGGUUUGGACUCUGGACAUCUUGUCCCUUCAGCAUCUUUACCUGAGGACUGAGAAAUCAGGAUGUGGUGCCCAUAUGGCUACUGCUGAAAGGGAACUGAAACCUUUCCACCAAUUUGGUAUUCAAAAUAUUUAACAACUGGUAUGGCAUAGGCUACAGUCAGUACUGGAUCAGGAUUAUGGAAGAACUCCAUUGGGCCAAGUGAAUUGCUCAGGGAGUUCUAGGAGGGGGACUAGAUUGGGAGGUAGGUCCUGUGGCUUGAUAAAGGGGCUAUUUUCCAAGAGACUUCUUGGGAGCAAUUUGCUUUGUGACAUUAUCUUAGUCAUCCUCUAUGGGGCGAUGCCAUGGGUUUGUUUCUGUGUUUACACAAAGCAACCAGACGCCUCACAUCUGUAACACCGUGGUUCACUUUUGCUAAGUUUUUCUAUCCUUGUAGUCAUUUGAGAUCCUGCACAGGAAAGUGCUGUGGCCAUCCAAAGGCCGGGGGACCAAAGCUUAGAUAAGGCUGGUGUCACGCCUCCCCACCCCGCCCCACUCCCCAGUCUGCCUCUUUCCUCCUGCACUCCAGAUAAUUCUCAAUCUAGAAUGUCCUACACAACAGGAGUUCGAUUGUCCCAUUAACUGAAGUGGAAACAUAGUUUGAAAAAGAGCCAAGAAUACGUCCAAUCCAGAAAGGACAUAUCUCAGAGAAGCAAUGGGGUCAGGCAAUCACAGUUCAAGAGUUUCAAGAGGGACAUGAGGAGAAUUUGCCUCCACUCUGCUCUCCCUAUAAUCGUAAUAUAACUUGUGAAAAAUUUAAAAGAUUCUGUACAAUAUGCUAGAAACCAAAAUAAUACAUUACUUUAAAACUUGUGCAAAAGAUAAAUGUCUCACCAGUAGGGAUAGGGACGGACUAGGCAAAAAAGAGAAAGAGAGGAAUGCUGGUUUGCCAAUUGUGGAUUGUGAUCAUAUGGAGACAUUUUUAUCUUCUUAGCCACUAUUAGGAAAAUUUCUUUGUAGGAUGAAGAUUUGCUUUGUUCAAAAAAAAAAAAAAGUUUUGAUGAGCCCAGGUUCAAAAUCAUAGAAAAGCAG